CCUGAUUCAGUUCUCGGUAACCAAAAUUAUCAAAGCGUUCUUUCUCUCGUGGGCAAUGCUGUAUCCACCAAGAGCACAUUUCAUGUUUUUUACUGCCCAAGAUAAUUGAGUUACAACUUCCUUCAUUUUUCAUGAAAUUCUUGAAUAUGCAAAAAUAUCUGUAAGAAGUGGAUUCUUGAAUACCCAAAAGGGUAACGAAUUGUUCUCAUGAAAUUCCUGUCAUGCAUUAUUUUAGGGAUUAAACUUGAAAGCCUAAGUCAAAGUA